AUGCUUAAAAGGUCUGGCGUACAAAGUUGUAGACCAGGUGACACCCCUGCUGCUAAAGGAGACAAAUUUAGUCUUACUCAAUGCCCUAAAAGUAACCUUGAAAUUCAGGAAAUGCAAAAGAUUCCCCAUACAUCACCUGUUGGGAGUUUAAUGUAUGUUCAAGUAUGUAUGUGUCCGAAUAUUAUGUACAUUUUUGGGAUGUUAGGCAGAUAUUUAAGCAACCUUAGUAUAGACCAUUGGAUAACAGCCAAAAGGGUUAUGAGAUAUCUUCAGAGACCAAAAGAUUACAUGCUUACUUAUAAGAGAUCAAAUCUUUUGGAGGUCGUAGGGUAUUCUGAUUCUGAUUUCGCUAGGUACCAAGAUAGUAGGAAAUCUGCAUCAAGCUAUAUUUACCUAUUAGCUGGAGGAGUUAUAUCCUGGAAAAGUGUCAAACAGACACUUGUAGCUUCAUCCACUAUGGCAGCAGAGUUUGUAGCAUGCUAUGAGGCAUCAAACCAUGGAAUAUGGUUGUGA